AUGGCUCGGUUUGUUUUAAUAACUGCAAAUGUUGGAUCAUUAUUUGAACCAGAUGGUCGAUUGCACGAUCCAUGGGUCAAAUCAGUGUCAGACAAAAUACAAUCGGAAGAUCCAGAUUUUCUUAUUCUUCAUAUGCAAGAGACCGGCGGAAAAAAGUGAGGGUUUUAUGAAUUUUUGGGUUUUUUUUAACAGCAUACAGAAAAAUUUCGAAGGUUGUAUGAAUAUUGGAAGUUUUCAUCAGUCCAAAUCCGAAAUCUUAUGAAUCUCUAUGUGUUUUUGUGGAAAAAAAUUCCUAAAAUAUUUGAAAUUCUUCAUUUUUUUUCAGCAAAACGACCCUAAACGUAUUUUUUUCAGGUUCGCUGAAUGCUCUCAACAAGUUCCAACAAUAAUAAAUAGACUAACUAGUAUCCUAACAAAAUUUGAUCUCCUUCGAGCUUACUGUGACCUCGAUUAUGAAGCCAUUGAAUACACGGCCCUCGGAAUUUUAACAUUCAUCAAAAAAUCAAUUUGGUCUCAAGUCUAUCAAUUCAAUUUCCACACAAAAACUUAUGAACAAGUGAUCAAGCCAAAAGAAAUUGUGACACACGGUCUUGAAAACUAUCCAUACGUGAUAAAACACAAAUUUCCAAAAGAAUUUUGGCCAUCAAUUAAAUGGGGAAGAAAAGGUUAUAUGCAAACGAGAUGGCGAAUUUUGAACCGGUAAGUGGAUCUUGGAAUUUUCUCAAGGUUAAUUUCAAUGUUUUUUUAGUGUGUUUGAUUUUGUUAAUGCUCAUUUAUUCCACGAUGAAUCUAAUUUAGCACUCAUUCAUGAGGUAUGUCUGUUUUUGGCAAAAAAAAUUAUAUCAUUUUUUUGCAGAAUCCCGAACUCUAUAGUCAGAAUCGUAAACGAGCACUAGAUUUUGUUUUGGAGCAAACAACCCAACUUGAAAAUGGCUGCACCCCACUUUUAUUCAUCUUCGGAGAUUUGAAUUUCAGAUUGGACUCGAGAUCUUUCCUAAAUGUAAACACUAAAAACUAAAAACAAACACAGAAAUCAGAAGUCGCAACAUUUUUGCAGAGAAUCACAGAGAAAUUAGAACCUCAUCAAGUAGACGAGCAAAUGGGAUCAUUAGCUGAGGGUUUACAAGUUGAGACAACAACAAAUACGAAUAGUUUGACACCUUGCACAGCACAUCCAUCAGAACUUUUGAGAAGAACUGUUUCAGCUAUUGAAUUCAGAAGAGAAUCAGAGAAUGAGGAGAACAGAAGGUAAAGAAUGUUCUAUUGGUUUUAUUUUGGAGAAGUAUUUUAAAGAUAGUAAUUUUUUGAAAAAAUGAUGUGAAGCUGAAUACUUCAAACAUUCAAGAGCUUUGGAAAUUAUAUCUUUCUAUUUUUUGAAGAAAGGAUAUUGAUUUCAUUUGUUAAAAUUUCAUUUGUAAAAAAAACAAAACCUUUUUAAGAACAACAUGAUAGCCUUUUCAAAAUUCUGAACACUUGACUUGUGGAUUCAACAAUUUGUUUUUUUGAAAAAACAGAAUCUUGGGGCUUCUGAAUAUGGAAUGUUGAAAUUAUUUAUAAUUCAUAUUUUUUUUCAAUAUUACAAAACCUGAAGUUCAGAUGAAAAACUAUUUAUUUCCAGCUGUGUCCUCCGCAUCGAAAAAAAGAAAUUUGAAUACUUCAAUCACAAAAAGCUCCUAGACGAUUGGGAAUCAUAUCUCGAUGAUGAUAAAGAAGCACAAAACUUCAAAAACAUGUUCGAAUUACCAAUUGCAUUUGCACCAACAUAUCCGUGGAGUGAAGAUCCCGAAAAUUCAGAAACUCUUAUGAAAACCAGAGCACCCGCUUGGUGUGAUCGUAUUUUGAUGAACUCAAAUGCAUUCACUGUUGUCGAACAAUCAAAUCCAUUGUAUACUUCAUUCGGUAUGGAAACUUGUACCGGUGAUCACAAGGUAUAUAUUUGUCCCAUUUGAUUUCUUGGUAAAAAAAAUUAAUUCUUCAGCCCGUCAUGUUGUCUUUCAUCAUCUAA